AUGUCCAUAGACGGGGGGUUCGUUGACCGCCGCAGCGACUCUAUGCUCGUUAUGUUUUAUGGUGUUUUGAAUUUGUGUAUCGAUUCGCGGCAUUUGCUGACCCUUCCCCCAGCGGAAGUGUGGGCCCCGCCCGUGCGCAGAGUCCCCAACGCCCCGAAGAGCUGCAUCGCCGAGAUCUUCAGCUCCGACUCGCCCGACGGUAGCCCCGUGAAGAACGGCACCGCCAGGCCCCGCGUGGUCCGCGACACACCCACCCGCCCGCGCGACACCCACUCCAGACUCUUCGGACAGGCCACCGCUACGUCCGUGUCGCCGAUGGUGACGGACACCAUCCGCAGCCACAUCCAGUUCGGCGACGCGGAGGUGAACGGCAGCCCGUCCCACUCGCCGUCCAAGAUGGUGAACGGCAGCGCGACGUCCACGCCCAGCCGAGGUGAGACGGGCCCCGCCGAGCAUUCGUCGUACACGCCACCGAGGAGGAACCCGGUGACCGGUGACGGGAUCGCUGUGCCGCCGCUGCGCCGUCGCCACCCCGCCGCCAGCCAGCGAGGUGCCGACGAAUACAACCCUCAAGACCCUGACCUCCUAGAACCCCGGCCCUCCCAUCACUAUUUCACGCGGCACUGGCCGCCCCCGCCCGGAGUGUAUUAUGUCGAGUCGACGGAGAUACCCAGGCCCGUGUGCCACCAGUGCCCUCGCGUCCUACUUGGCCUGGAAACCGACGACCCGGAGAGAUCACAUCCGAUAAUAGACCCCGACUCUCUGUCCCCUCAGCCCGUACUCGACAGACCCUGGCCACCUUUCCCGGCAAGGCAUUAUCUCGAACGGGAGCGGCGUCACGUGCCGCACCAUCCCUUGCCGCCGUACGCUUUCGUCGGCAUGACGUCAGCCCUAGGCGAAAGACCCCAGCCCGACUACAAUCGCAAUCCGAUAGCGACUUUGGACGGACCGGUGGAUCCGUUCAUCGUCGCAAAUACAAACCCACCAAUAAGCCUCUUUAGGUACGAAAGGGACGGCCCCAUUCCCGACUGCUCCCUUCUGGACACACCCAAAGCUCCAGGCCCAUUCACGCUGACCGGUUUCCCUCCCAUAUUUCCCAAGUACGUGCCCGGAUACCUGUUUAACCUAAGUCGGCAUGCAGAAGACAUCAAACCUAAGACGUACUAUGUAGACUAUGUUCGCCAAAGAGAAUUGGAGGGCAACCCGAUCACCGGUGACGGCUACAAGUCGCUGAACGGCCAAAUCAACACGGUGACGUCGAUCAACGGCGGCAGCAACCUCACCCACAGCCGCGUACCGCCCGGCGGCUACUCGUCCGGACUCUGG